GUUUGUUAAAGAACUACUGGAAAAGAAAUAUCCAAGGGUACAGCCUAUAAUAACCCCCCGCUUUGGCCCUUCCUGUACAGAGGAUUUGCUGUGUGCACUUGGCGAUUUAGCACAGGCUCGUGAUCUCCAUGUGCAGAGUCACAUAAGUGAGAAUGAAGAAGAAGUCAAACUUGUGGAGAACCUGUUUCCUGCCUACCAGAAUUACACUGAAUUGUAUGAUAAAAACAAGCUGCUUACCAGCAAGACAGUGAUGGCACAUGCCUGUUAUCUUUCUGAAGAAGAGCUGAAACUUUUUAGUCUUCGUGGAGCUGCAAUCUCACAUUGCCCCAAUUCUAAUUUUUCGAUGCGCAGCGGUGUCUUAAAUGUGCAGAAGGUCUUGAAACACAACGUGAAGCUUGGCCUUGGCACAGAUGUUGCCGGUGGAUACUCAGCUUCUAUGCUUGAUGCCAUCAGGAGAACAAUGAUGGCAUCUAAUAGCCUUCAGAUCAAUAAAGUGAAUGAAGCAGGGCUGACUCUUGAAGAAGCUUUUCGACUAGCCACUUUAGGAGGAAGCCAAGCCCUAGGGCUAGACGACAUGAUUGGAAACUUCGAGGUUGGCAAAGAAUUUGAUGCACUGCUAAUCAACACGAAGGCUUCAGACAGCCCUUUUGACUUGUUCUCCGCUGAUAAUUUUGAGGACACUCUCCAGAAGUUCCUGUACCUAGGUGAUGAUCGGAAUAUUUCUGAAGUGUAUGUGGCUGGAAAGCAAGUGGUUCCUUUUUCAAGUUCAGUAUAAAUCCAUUUCCCUUUUGCAGAAUAUUCUGCUGAUCAUUCU